AGCAAGAUCACAAACAGAAAAAGGAGGAGAAAGAAUAAGGAGAAAUAAACCAACACAUAAACGCCAAUCAUCUUCAGAGGCUCUGUUGUGUGGUUCAUAGGAUAAGCAUAGCAACCAAUAGAAUGUCUCCAUCAAUGAAAUCAAAAUCUAAGUCCCAGGAGAAGGCCUCUGCAAGGGCUGCUAAGGAGCAACAGAAGACUUCUCCGAAGACUUGUCAGAAUCAUGGGAGUGGCAUUCCUGCUAGUGAACACAAUCCUAUCUUGGGAACAUUUCAAACUCUAGAAACAUCAUUGGUUGCUUCUUCUACUCGAGUUCAUGACAACAGUCAUUUCCCAAAAAUAGAUGAUGCAGACGAACGUUCUAGUAGUCCUCAACGAACGGUGUCUGAGUGUGAUUCAUUUUCUAACAAUGGAAGCUGCUCUGGUGAAUCAGAAGAGUCUAAAGAGAAAGUAACAAACUCUUCAACGCGGUUGGAUGUUAUACUUGGUUGUGACAACGACCGAAGGGAGAAGAUCCGCCUGAAGAAUGAGAGGAAGCACCAGAGGCAGAGGGAAAGGAGAGCUCAGGAGUUGCAUGACCGUUGCUGUGGGUAUCUAAUGUCAAGAAAGCUAGAAGCACUUGCACAACAGUUAGUGGCGAUGGGAUUUUCUUCUCAGCGAGCAACGUUGGCUUUAAUGUCAAACGAUGGCAAAUUAGAGGAAUCAGUAUCCUGGCUGUUGAGUGAAGAAGAAUCACACACCGAAGGUAAUACCAAUCUUGCAAGUGAGGGUAAUUUGAAAAUUGACAUUAGUGAUGAGCUUCAUCUGAUAUCUGCCUUGGAGGCCAAGUACAGUUGUUCAAAGCAAGAGGUUGAAAGAAUAGUUGUUGCUUGUGAAGGUGAUCUUCAGAAGGCAGAAAGUACCUUCAAAUCUCAGAAGCAGGAAUCUCCUGUGACUCAAUCAGAGUUAGAAGAUCCUACCCAAAAUAAUAGUUUGAUGAGAUCACAAGGAUUAUCAGCAGCAUCGGUUUCAAUACAGCAGAGAGGGAAUGGAAAUGACUUCAACUAUUACAAGUUAGGCAGUGCUGAUUCUAUGUUCUCAGAUCUUGAAAGCAGAAAUGAAAACUCUCUACACUCAAAUAAUCCAAAUGUAGUGGUUGAGAAAAGAUGGGGUGUUCCAGGAUCAAGCCCUCCUGUCAUGUUACCUAUGGCACCAUCCAUGCAACCACUGUCUCCACUUGCUAAAAUGGAGGGCCGGCAUAGCUUCCUUACAAAUGAAGGAAGAAUGAUUCAGCAAGGACUAGGAAGGGAGCCAGCAAUGAUGCAACAUCCACACUUCACAAAUGUCAAACAAAACUCUCUACCUUCUAUAAAUUCCUUUCCUUCUGGGACAUCAGGUUGGUAUGUAAAAAGUAUUCCACCUGUUGAAAAUAUGAGAUCAAAUGGCAAGUUACUACAAACUCAAACCAUAGGAAGCAUGAGUCCAAACCAACUGGAACAAUUUUGUCAAGCUCCUUAUAGAGAAUAUUCUCAUUUCUUUGGACCAAUAGACUCCUCAUCAGCUGGGAUUGGUGGUUUCUGUAAGCCAAUGGGUGCAUCAUCAUCAUCACCUUCACCUCCAAUUCCUUCUCAGCAUUGCGGUUCGUGGAGCAUGAGUGCUUCUUCACCCACACUUACAGUUCCACCAUCCCUUGGACUAUUUUCUGGUCACCAGAAUGUGGCCAGAACAUUCAGCUCAGAUUCACACGUCGUGGAUUGGAACACUGGGGGCUUGAUGCCGGAGUUUGACUACACCAGUAUAGAUUGGAGUUUGAAUCCACCUUCAUCAUCAGUAUCAGGUGGACUUUGGCUUGGUAUCUCAUCAUUGUUGAGAAACAGUUAUGGGAAUAGGAGGGUCAGUUCAUGCAUGAAUGGAUUGCAAAGUGUUGGCAUGGCUAGAGAAAGUUCUUCAUCUGGAGGACUGAGAGAGUGGACCACUCCUUUUACUGGGAAGGACAUAUUCAGUGUUCCUAGGCAGUUUGUUACCUCUCCUCCUCUGUAGAUCUAUGUCUUGGGACUAAAGGGAAUUUGGCUUAUUCUCUGUAGUACUUCAAAAUUGGAAUGGUUGUCUUAAUGAUUGUUUAUGGUUUUACAGUGAAAUUCAUCUUCUAAUUUGUGUGGUCUGAUUUUCUCCAAGAGUGCGUUUCGGUAAACAGUUUAAUUAAGUACUUAAUCAAUGAACUUUUG